UGCAUUUCUCUAGCACAAGUGAUGUUUGUUGCGGCAAAGCACUGCCCGGUAGUGUCUGUCGAUGGCAAUCUCGGCAUCGUCGGUACUGCCCAAGUACUUGAAUGCGGUCAAGAAAGACCUGGCGGUGCAUACAUUGAACAUCGCCCGCCACGUCGGCAAUGCCAGAUACCUCGACGCGUCACUUCCGUUUGUGCCGACCUUCGAAGCCAAGUAUGGCCAUGAAGUGUCCACGGCGCAGCAGUCCAAGUACUACACGAUCACAGAAGCGGGCCAGGCAGGCGUCGAGGCCGCUACGGACAUCCUGCAUCAGUUGUUCCUUCGCGCAACAGACCAUGUGUUGGCACACAAGCGGGAACUCGCGCCGUACUUUUGCAUUCCCGCGGGGUUGUGGCCAAAGAUCCAACACUCCUGGACCCAUCACAAACAAGACACGAUUUCGGGACGGCUGGACUUUGCCUUCACCGACCAAGGCAUGAAGGUAUACGAGUACAACGCUGACUCGGCCUCGUGUCUCAUGGAAUGCGGGUACACACAAGAUGCCUGGUCGAAUGCUACGGGCUUGGGGUCUAUCGGUCGCAGCAACAGCUCCACGUUGUUCACCCAGCUGACUGCAGCGUGGAAGUCCAAGAAC